AUGUGUAUGGAUGCUAGUGCUUAUAAUGCAAAGUAUUUGCUCUUGGUUUUACUUGUUUGGAGCACUCUUUGUGCUUUGAUGAGUGGUAUUUGUCAUGGGAGGAAUUUAGAUGGAAGUGGUUUUUCUGAUCCUAGUCAUUGGAGUCCUGGUGGGGAUAGUGAUGAUGAUUAUUGUUUGUAUAGAAGUUGGAGGAGAUGUGGGAGUUUCUAUGAGAGAGGUGGUAGAAACUCUAAAAGUGAUGAGGAUGGUGGAGGUGGAGGAGCAGGUAAUGGUGGGGGUUCAGGACAUGGUGAGGGUUACGGUGAAGGUGAAGGAAACAAUGGAGAAGGUGCAAUGGGUGGUGGUGGUGGAGGAGGAGAAGGUAGUGGAAAUGGUGCGGGAUAUGGUCAUGGUAGUGGUUUUGGUGUUGGGGUAGGGUUUGGAAGUGUUGGGAAAGGAGGCGGUGGUGGAGAAGGUGGUGGUUAUGGUAGUGGAGGGGCAGGUCGAGGUAGUGGUUUUGGAAUGGGCGGGGGUAAUGGAGGACGUGGUGGUGGGGGAGGAGGAGGGAGUGGUGGUGGAAGUAGCUAUGGAGGAGGCCAAGGUCAGGGCAGUGGUUUUGGAGCGGGUGGAGGAAUGGGUGACUUAGAAGGAGGAGGAGGUGGAGGAGGCGGCGGUGGUGGUGGUGGAGGAGGUAAUGGAGAAGGAGGGGGACAUGGUCAUGGCAGUGGUUUUGGUAUGGGUGUAGGUGCAGGAACAGUUGGCAUUGGAGGGGGAGGGGGAGGUGGUGGAGGUGGGGGUGAAGGAGGUGGUAAUGGAGGUCAAGGUUACGGUAGUGGUUUUGGUGCAGGUGUGGGUGGUAUAGGAGGAGGAAAGGGUGGUGGAGGUGGAGGUGGAGGUGGAGAAGGUAGCAGUGGAGGGGGAGGUGAAGGUCAUGGAAGCGGUUUUGGGGGAGGUACAGGAGCAGGAGGAGGAGGGGGAGGAGGAGGAGGUGGUGGUGGUGGUGGUGGAGGGUAUGGGCAUGGUAGUGGCUAUGGUGGUGGCAUGAAUACAAGUGGAGGUGAUACCACAAAAAGUGAGGGCAAUAAUCAUGGUGGUAACAAUGGCAUGGGAAUUGGAUUUGGCAUGGGCAUGGGAAUGGGUUUUGGUUUUGGAAUGGGGAGCAAUGGAGUAGAUGUAACUUCUCACGUUGAUCCCAACCAUCCUUAG